CGACAAAUUCGACACCACUUAUCAGGUUUGUGAAACAACACUCCAUCCACAAAUCGAUCGAUCGAUCGAUCGGUUUCUCUCGAAAUCAAUUGCGAUCUACAUCUAUUUUCGAAUCGUCUGUUCGAUCAGAACGCAGAGUGAUUCGCGAUCAUUAUAUGAUGUAUUUGUGUUGUGGGAGGUUUGGAUCAGAUUCGAAAUUUUGAGUAGUGUCAUGUGUAAUGUGGAUCAGAUUCGAAAUCUAUGUGAAUCUUCGUUAUGUUAUUGUGUGUUUGUUUUGGAAAAUGUUGCAGGCAACUAUUGGGAUUGAUUUUUUGUCGAAGACAAUGUACCUUGAGGAUAGGACUCUUCGUCUCCAGCUAUGGGAUACUGCCGGGCAGGAAAGGUUUCGAAGUCUGAUACCAAGUUAUAUCAGAGAUUCCUCUGUUGCUGUCAUUGUCUAUGAUGUUGCUAAUAGGCAGUCAUUCUUGAACACCUCCAAGUGGGUUGAGGAUGUUCGUACAGAGAGAGGUAACGAUGUCAUAAUUGUUCUGGUGGGUAACAAAACAGAUCUCGUUGACAAGAGGCAAGUGUCGAUAGAAGAAGGGGAUAACAAAGCUCGUGAUUUUGGAGUGAUAUUCAUAGAGACGAGUGCAAAAGCUGGAUUUAACAUCAAGCCACUAUUCCGAAAGAUCUCAGCAGCAUUACCAGGAAUGGAUACACUUUCUUCAGCGAAACAAGGCGAUAUGGUUGAUGUCAACCUAAAGUCAUCCAACCAUUCGUCUCAAGCGGAGCAACAAAGUGGUGGCUGUUCGUGUUGAUUAAUUUUUGUUAAAAAAUAUACUUUAACAGCAACAGAGUAUGGAGAUUUUUUUAAAGAUUCACAACUUGAUUGAGUAAAUAAACUCUGGUGUAAGGAAAGAGAAUUUUUACUUGGCAACUCUAGUAUUCUUUAAGAUGUUUUGAGUUCAAUAUUGAGCUGUGUAAUAAUGACGCUUGAAAGCUUAAGACAAAAUGUUUUGCUCUGUUCUGA